AUGAAUACUCAUGCUAUUAAUGGUCGCCAAACAAUGUUAUCAAAAGUAAAUUAUAAUAAAAUCGGGCACACAACAAAAGCUAAUGAAGCGUUACCAUUUGAACAAAAAAAUUGGUUAAUUUAUGUUUACUAUGUUAGAGGUGAUUUUAUAACAACACGAUUUAUUAUUGAAAAGGAAUUAGAACGAACAUUUAAUCGAAAUAUUUAUGCACAUUAUAUCAAUGCAAAAAUGUUUAAAGAUGAAGGAAAGUUACAAGAAUCUUUAGAAAAAUUACAAAUCUGUCAUAAAUUAAAUCCAACAAAUGUGAAAUAUUUAAAAGAAGUUGGAAAUUGCUUAUAUUUACUUAAACGAUACCGACUAGCAUUAGAAGCAUAUAUUGAAACAGAGAAUUUAACUGAUAAACCUGAUUGGGAAAUUUUUCUCAAUAUUGGGAAAUGUUUAUUAAAAUUAAAGGUACCUGAUAAAGCUUUAGAAUAUGUUACUCGAGCUGCACAAUUAUCUCAACAAGAGGAAAUUUUUUUCUUAUUAAAUAAAUUGUUAAUUUCGAAGGCCGAUUUUGCUGCAUCGAUUACUGUUUGUAAUAACGCUCUUGAGUUUUGCCCAGAAAGUGUCGACAUUCUUACAGAAUUGGGUCUAUCUCAUAUACGUUUAGGGCAAUCACAGUUGGCUUUUGAACGAUUGGGGUCUGCUUUAGCGCUAGAGCCGUUCAAUCAUAAAGCAUUAUUAGCUAUUGGAUGUAUAAUACAGAAUCAUGGUGAUUUUGAUGUUGCACUAUCUAAAUAUCGUAUCGCAGCCCAAAAUAUUCCACAAUCGUCAGCAUUAUGGAAUAACAUUGGCCUUUGUUUCUACGCGAAACAAAAAUAUGUUGGGGCGAUAAGUUGUUUAUUACGUUCACUGUGGAUAUCACCGUUAAAUUGGAGAAUUUUGUAUAAUCUUGGUUUAGUGCAUUUAUCAACACAUCAACCGGCAUCCGCUUUUCAUUUUCUAUGUGCAUCCGUAAAUUUACAGCCAGAUUAUGCGUUUUCGUUUAUGCUACUAGGAAUUGCUUUACGACAUUUAAAUGACUUCGAAAAUUCACACAGAGCAUUCGAACAAGCAGCCAUACUAUCGCCAAACGAACCAGUUAUAUGUUUAAACUAUGCGAUCAGUUUGGAGAAAAAAGGUGAAUUAGAAACUGCAGCUGAAAAAUUGAUCCAGCUUAAAGAAAUUAUUGAGAGUUCAACGAUGGAUGUAGUUGAUAAAGAGAUUUUAUCAUCUUUUGAAAAAUUAUCAACAAUUUUGUCGAACUUAAGAACAUCUAAUGAUGAAAUUGAAAACCCAAACACUGACGAAUUUGCGGAAAUUGUUGAUGUGGAUGUGGAACCUGAAACGAAAUAUUACGAUGAUCCCAAUGAAGUUUAA